AUGCCCCCUUAUCGCUUGGUAUAUGGAAAAGCAUAUCAUCUUCCCGUUGAGCUUGAACAUAAGGCAUAUUGGGCUGUUAAACAAUUCAAUUUUUCCAUUGACCAUGCUGGUUCUGUGAGAAAGUUUUAUAUUUCAGAGUUGGAUAAGCUUAGACGAGAUGCAUAUGACAAUUCCAAAUUGUCAAAGGAGUGCAUGAAGAUGUUACAUGACAAGCACAUCCAGAGAAAGAAUUUUGAGCCCAAUGAACAAGUUUUACUUUACAAUUAUCGCCUCCAUCUAUUUCUAGGCAAAUUAAGAGCGAGGUGGAAUGAUCCUUAUUUAGUUAUGGAUAUGUUUCCACAUGAAACUGUUGAGAGUACUAAUCCUCAAAAUGGAAAUUCUUUCAAAGUAAAUGGCCAACGACUUAAACAUUUUUUGGCAAAACUUUCACUUGAGGAUACUUCCAUUCCUUUGCAAGACCCUACUUAUUCUAAUAAUCCUUAG